ACAAACAAUUUGGAUUGGAAAUAUUCCUCUAAUGAAUUCCGUGGGAACUUUUAUAGUAAAUGGAAUAUACAGAAUUGUGAUCAAUCAAAUAUUGCAAAGCCCGGGUAUUUAUUACCGAUCCGAGUUGGACCAUAACGGAAUUUCGGUCUAUACCGGCACCAUAAUAUCAGAUUGGGGAGGAAGAUCAGAAUUAGAGAUUGAUCGAAAAGCAAGAAUAUGGGCUCGUGUGAGUAGGAAACAGAAAAUAUCUAUUUUAAUUCUAUCAUCAGCUAUGGGUUCGAAUUUACGAGAAAUUCUGGAUAAUGUUUGCUACCCAGAAAUUUUCUUGUCUUUCCUGAAUGAUAAAGAGAAAAAAAAAAAUAGGGUCAAAAGAAAAUGCAAUUUUGGAGUUUUAUCAACAAUUUGCUUGUGUGGGUGGGGAUCCAGUAUUUUCGGAAUCCUUAUGUAAGGACUUAUAAAAAAAAUUCUUUCAACAAAGAUGCGAAUUAGGAAGGAUUGGUCAACGAAAUAUGAACCGGCGACUGCACCUUGAUAUACCCUCAAACAAUACGUUUUUGUUACCGAGGGAUAUAUUGGCAGCUGCGGAUCAUUUGAUCGGAAUGAAAUUUGGA